AAUAUUUUUGCAUUUAGGUGGACACAUACUGCUGGGCUGCAGAUGACAUGACAGCACAGAGCUAUUUACGUGGUGAGGAUGAUGAUGUAGUCAUAGGUCACAUUAUCUGUGUGAUCCCUGCUGCUAACACUGGAACCCGUAUACUCUCCCUGUUUGCCUCAGGCUCCAGUCCUGCCAUGUCCUCCAUAGCACCAGUGGGUGGCGAUGUAGACCUGCGAGAGGAGGAAAUGGAGCAGUCAGUCUUUGGACUCUGUUUUGCUCUGGACUCUUCAUCUGUUCCUCCAGUCCUCCAUCUUUCCAGCUCCUCCCUUAAAAUCACCUACAAAGGACAGAGACCUCCAGACAAAGUCAGUAAAUCAAUGACCUCUGACCCCAGGGUUAUGUUGGCUCUGCCCCAGGUCUGCGCCGAUGUUGUCAUUGUGCGAGGACAGUAUUACUGGGAGGUGGAUGUCUGCAAUAGCUCUGUCUACAGGAUCGGUGUGAGAUCCUUAGAUGGUUCUGGUAGCUGGUGGCUGGAAAGGCAGGGCUUGUCUUUUUAUGCAGUAUAUGAUGGGAGCCAGGAGACGCUCAGCACUGUACCGCCUCAGAUCAAAACCAUUGGGGUGUUCCUUAACAUUGGUGGUGGCGCCCUGAGCUUCCACAACCCUCUGACCCAGGAGCACCUAGCCACGCUGCCCACCCACUUUAACCCUGCUGGAGUGCUCCCAGCUCUAGGCCUGGGACAGGGACGACUGAGGCUCCGCUGUGGUCUCCCCCCUCCUCCUCACGUGUUCCUGAGUAAGAACUCGGCUUACAGGGGACCUUGUGAGCCCAGUGGAGGCCGUUGGCGUAGGGAGAUUCCCUUCCGGUCGGUGAGGAAAGUGAUUCAGAAGUUUGAGGAGCUGGCUGUGUCAGACUCAGACUCAGGUCUGGUGUCCAGUUUUGGAUCGUCUUGUUCCACCUUGGCCUCCCUUCCAGAUUUGGGUAUUCCUGGGAAAUUUCCCUUUGGGCAAGCAGAACAGGAAACUGGGGAUGAAUAAGAAGAGCUCUUCAAUAGGAGCAUCAGAAACACUCCCACUGCUUCUCUCAGUGGUUUGAUCUUUGGCUGUCAUUUGAAAGGCUAAUUUUUCAUCUUGAAGGACUUCUGGCUGCCUCUUUCCACUCUCUGUGUGACCCUGGACCUGCAAUUGACUCUCUCCCCAGGACACAGCCCUUUCUCUCAACCAAACAACCCCCACUUGUUUGGGAUCAGGCCAGAAAGAGUCCCCUGUAAUGUGAAGUGUGAGGAAAGGGUGGGCUUUUAGCAGCUGGACUCCUUGAUUUGUUCUGUGUGAUGGUUGUCAGACAGUAGGGGUCCUACAGCAGCAGUGCACAAG